UAAACUUUUGGUUGGACUGAGGAUAAUGGUAGACGAUGAACUUAAAGAAGCGAAACAAUUGUUCGCGUGGAAUCGAAUGGUCUUCGUAAUUAUUGGAUUAUGGCCAUUAGAACCAACGAUUUGUUUUUUCCACACGUGGCUUGUGUAUUUUGCAUUCCAUCUCUUCAUGGGUUUUGCAGACUUGGUGCUGGUAUUUGGCAGUCUCGAAGAGGUUGUUGCAAAUGUCUCGGAAACGGCUUUGGAGAGUAUGAUAAUAGUAAAGAUGGUUGUACUCAAGUAUUCUGGUACUCUCCGAGAAGCUGUGGUGAUGGCAAGGGAUGGAAUCAUGGAGGAGAAUUUUUCAGAAACCAAAGAGAAAGAAAUUUAUAUGUUUUAUAAUGCAAUCGCCAAGAAGUUCUUCAGGUGGGCGGUCGCUUUCGCAUUUAUUUCAGCUAUAUUAUAUCAUUUGAAACCUAUGGAAACUCGACUGAAGGCUGCAUUGGCUAAUGACACAGUACCUUUGUUACUACCGUAUCGAUCUCAUCUGACUUUCGAGCUGACGGACAUGACGACCUACAUUUUGAUUUAUGCGUAUCAAUCCCCGAUGAUUUACGUUCACACGUUUCACACUGCAGCUGUUUGCUUCCUCAUUACUCUAGUACUUAACGCCUGUGGUCAUCUAGCUAUUCUAGCGAGAAGGAUACGGAGGAUUGAACCAAAUAGUUCCGGUAAUUCGGAGCUUCAACUAGGGAAUUCCGUCCGGCGCUAUCUGGAAAUAGUCAGAUUUUCCAAAUUGAUCGAUAAAAGUUUCUGGAUCAUACUUCUCGAAGAAUUAGUCACAACUACAGUUUGUCUGGGGUUAGCAUCUUAUAAUGUGCUGGUGAAUGCUGACCUUGCUGAUACAACGACGUUCAUGACAUUCGUUAUGUACGUUUUCACAAUGUUACUUUUAAUAUACGGAUACUGUUUCGCUGGUGAAUACUUAAUUACCGAGAGUAUGAAUGUGCAUGAAGCUUAUUAUCAUUGUGACUGGCCUGACCUACCAUCGAGUUACCGGAAGUCGCUAACCCUAUGCUUAAUCGGGACGGAGAAACCUCUAAGGUUGAGGGCUGGCGGAUUUUACACAUUCUCAAUGGCAGGCUUCACAGGCAUCAUGAAAACAGCGAUGGCUUAUGUAUCCAUGCUGCGAACUCUUGUAUUGUAGAUCCAUGUUAUACCGUUUCUAUUCUCAUAUGAAAUCUACAAUUUGAUGUUUGGUGUAGAAUAAACUGGUUUUUUCCUC